AUUGAUUUCAGAUAAUCAGGGGCGAGACCAUUAAGAGAUUUAUAGACCAUAGUGGCUGUUUUUAAUUCUCGUUGAAGAUUAAGUUUUUGCAGCCAAGUCUAACAAAGAGAUCAUCCGCAUUGAGCGGACAAUAUGACAGGGGAUAAUGUGUCGUUUUAGAAUCGGUACCUCUUAGGGGUAAAAAAAAAUAUUAACACAUGCCUUGGUACGGUUUAGGAGUUCUUUUGAAAAUUGCUAACGAGCUUCCCCGUCCUUUUUGCAUGGGAGUCCCCGCCACCGGGGGGGAGACAGUGCAGUCAAUGCAAGGUCAAAGUCAAAUGGAGGCCUGGGUCUGUGUGCAUGAAAUUUACCCGCCAUUUUGAAGCAUACCUCUUUUAGCUUGAACGGGGGCUCACCAAUCGUUCCGAUUAAGUGGGUUUUGUCACUAUUCGACUGUUUGUGUCGCACUUUCUUGUGUUUGUGGAGCUGGUUACAACUCAUCGAACAUGACAAAUUGGCGGGUACGCGAUGCAGUGGCACAGGAUGUCCCGGAUAUUAUACGAAUGAUAAAGGAUUUAGCUGUAUAUGAAAAAGAACUUGAAUCAAGAGUAAAACUUACUGAAGAAGAAAUGUUGAGAGAUGGAUUUGGAGACAAGCCAUGGUUUGAAUGCGUUAUAGCAGAUGAGAUAAAUUUCAAUGAAGGAAAUAAUUGUUUACCAAAGAAAAAGCCAGUUGGUUACGCAUUAUUUUUUUACAUCUAUUCUACAUGGGAAGGCCGGUCUCUAUAUCUAGAAGACCUUUAUGUCAACCCAGCUUUUAGAGGAAAAGGUAUCGGAACAGACAUGUUAAGAAGAAUUUCUGCGAUAGCUGUCGAGAAAAGUUGUGUUAGAGUAGACUGGAGUUGCUUAAAUUGGAAUAAAACUGCCAAGGAUUUCUACGGCAAGCUCGGAGCAGUAUGUCUGGAUGAAUGGCAGUUGUAUCGCUUAAACGGAGAACGUUUGCUGGAAUUCGCUGGCAAGAAACAUAAAUAGUGUCUUUAAUGGUGUCAGUGAAGGGCGAGGAAUACGAAAUUCCGAGACCUGGAGAACCUUGUUUCAAUUCAAGACUGUGACUUAAACAAUUUUAGAUUCCGAGACAGAAAGAAGCAUAGAAAAACGAGACUUUCUGAAUUAAACUCACAAAGGAUUCCGAGAAAAUCGAGACCCACGAUUUUCUAGAUAGCAUUUGCUACACUCUCUGCUCCGCAGAGGCGUUAUAGGGGAGGAGGAGGUGAAAUGGAAGUGAGAAGGCGUGCGGGGGACAAUGGAAAGAGGGAAAGGGCCUCUCUUUUCUCUUUCCCCUUCCCGGCGUUCCCCGCGCGCUUCCUUUAUACCCCCACACUUCCCAGGCUCCAAUCCACCAGAUUACACGGUCAAGGCAGCACGAAAGAGGCCUCUGUGUAGGAGAGAUUCGCUACCCCUUCUGUGGGGAGACACGCAUCGGUGAUGGAUCAAAAACCCUCGUGAAGAAAAUACUGUACGAAGAGUUGUGCAACGUGUGUCUAUCAAACAAUGACACGAAUACAGGAAAAAAAAAAAUGACACGAAUACAGAGAAUAAAUUGCACGAAUACAGGCGUGCCUACCGAAAGCUGUUGAUCAGAAUUCCCCAUGUGAAGCUAUGUCCAAGCGACAACGCCUUUUUUAACUGAUGGCCGAGAUCUGAGAUCCGCCAAAUUUGCUGAAAGCUGAGAAAUUAUCGAAAAUUUAACCCAUUCUAGCGCCCCGAUUUAGACCCUCAGAAAAUGCUCACAAUCUGUUGACUUCAAGUAUACUUCAGACCUUGUAGUUAUUGUGAAUUGAAUAUAUUUUGGACGCCGUUGCUGUCUUUUGCGCGUGAAAAACUUAGUUACGAGGUCGACAUUUUCAUUUUUUUUUUCCCUACUGGAUCCAUGCAUCGCAUGAACAGGCCUUUCAGUCGGAAAUAGGGUGAGCGAAACAGAGCACGAAGGAGACAUUGCUAUCUGGAAUCCGAGUCAGUAUCAGAAGACUGGUAACGAAUCAUUUUCACUUUCUCGAUUCCCUGAAGUCUGUAAAGAACAAGCUGGUAAAAAGCAAUUUUUAAAUAAUUGGAUAGAUUGAAAUAAUAAGCAUUUGUGAAAAU